CGGAUACAAAUAUUGCCUCGGCGCGUCUCGCCCUGCUUCAGUUUUGUUCUCGACUAGAAUCGCUGUGCUUACUGCCGCCUGCUCGACGUGUCCUCUGCUCUUCCCUGCCCGACCGACACUCAGACAUUCGUAGCCAUGGUUGCCAUCGUCCAGAAGCCCGCGCCCACCUUCAAGGCCACUGCUGUCGUCGACGGCCUCUUCAAGGACAUCUCCUUGUCCGAUUACCUCGGCCAGUGGGUCGUCCUCUUUUUCUACCCGCUUGACUUCACCUUCGUCUGCCCGACGGAGAUCCUCGCCUUCAACGAUGCGCUGCCCCAGUUCCACCAGCUCAACACCGCUGUCCUUGGUGUGUCUACGGACUCGCACUUUGCCCACCUGGCCUGGGCCACUCAGCCGCGCAAGGAAGGCGGUCUCGGCCCUGACCUCAAGCUGCCCCUUAUCGCAGACAAGAACUUGUCUAUCUCGCGCGACUACAACGUCCUCAUCGAAGAGGAGGGUGUCGCCCUCCGUGGACUUUUCAUCAUUGACCCAAAGGGCACCCUCAGGCAGAUUACCGUGAACGACCUCCCCGUCGGCCGCUCCGUAGAGGAGACCAUCCGUCUCGUCAAGGCCUUCCAGUUCACUGACGAGCACGGCGAGGUCUGCCCCGCGAACUGGACCGAAGGCACCAAGACGAUCAAGGCCGACCCCACGGGCAAGCUCGAGUACUUCUCGUCCGUGGGCGGCCAGGCGGCCACUGCCAACGGGAAUGUGAGCAACAAGCGUCCCCGCACCGACUGAUCCGCUUUCCGCCUUUCUGUCUCUGCGCGCGUGUGCAUGGCUUCUGAUCGUGUCCCUCCCACCCCCACGUUUGCUCCCCAUGUAUAUAUGCAGGCCCACUGAACCUCUUCUCCGUCAAUCCCUGUUGAUCGCCCCAAGCAUGUACCAGGGGGGAUCGACCGCCCCGUUCGCCGCGUACGCGUUCUAUGUUUCUCUCCGUCGCGUCCGUGUCGUCCUCAGCUUUGCGCCUCUCUUUUGAUCUAGUGUUUUCCGGUCCCUUACAAGCGCCGCGGAGCUCGCGCGUUCGUUCACGACUCUUGACGCUCCUUUUUUAGACCUAGAUCACUAGAUGUUGUCGCAAUUAUGCUUAGAUACGCGCAUACGUAGACGUAGAGUAAACGUUAGAUGAGAUAUGAUUGGCUUCGCGACUGAUAUACGUGUAGAGUAAUGCCUACUUACAGCUUCUUGGUAGCGGUCGCUGCGGGGGUGGGCGGGGAGGAGGAAGCGGUGGGUGGGGAAUUGCGUGGAGGAAAGGGGGGAGAUGGGGCGAGUAGAUUGAGUGUCGUGUUGCGCGUCAACUUUCAUGCUAAUGCAACCACCGCUCUUGUCCUGACCAUCGUCUGCCGUCGAUCCCUGUGAAUUUUGAGCUGACGUCUUCGUUGCGGGACGGUUGUGAGGUCUGGAGGAC